AUGCUAAGGAAGCGCUUUGAUCCCUAUAAGCCACCCCGCUCCAUUCUCAUGCUUUCCAUCACCCUGACCCAUUCUCCCGUUUUCCAUCACCCCGCCCCAUUCUCCCGCUAUCCAUCACCCCGCCCCAUUCUCCCGCUUUCCAUCACCCCGCCCCAUUCUCCCGCUUUCCAUCACCCCGCCCCAUUCUCCCGCUUUCCAUCACCCCGCCCCAUCCUCCCUCUUUCCAUCACCCCGCCCCGUUCUCCCGCUUUCCAUCACCCCGCCCCAUUCUCCCGCUUUCCAUCAUCCCGCCCCAUUCUCCCUCUUUCCAUCACCCCUCCCCAUUCUCCUGCUUUACAUCACCCCGCCCCAUUCUCCUGCUUUCCAUCACCCUGCCCCAUUCUCCCGUUUUCCAUCACCCCGCCCCAUUCUCCCUCUUUCCAUCACCCCACCCCAUUCUCCCGCAUUCCAUCACCCCGCCCCAUUCUCCCGCUUUCCAUCAUCCCGCCCCAUUCUCCCGCUUUCCAUCACCCCGCCCCAUUCUCCCGCUUUCCAUCACCCCGCCCCAUUCUCCCGCUUUCCAUCACCCCGCCCCAUUCUCCCGCUUUCCAUCACCCCGCCCCAUUCUCCCGCUUUCCAUCACCCCGCCCCAUCCUCCCUCUUUCCAUCACCCCGCCCCAUUCUCCCGCUUUCCAUCACCCCGCCCCAUUCUCCCGCUUUCCAUCACCCCGCCCCAUUCACCCUGUUUCCAUCACCCCUCCCCAUUCUCCCGCUUUCCAUCACCCCGCCCCAUUCUCCCGCUUUCCAUCACCCCGCCCCAUUCUCCCGCGUUCCAUCACUCCGCCCCAUUCUCCCGCUUUCCAUCACCCCACCCCAUUCUCCCGCUUUCCAUCACCCCGCCCCAUUCUCCCGCUUUCCAUCACCCCUCCCCAUUCUCCCUCUUUCCAUCACCCCGCCCCAUUCUCCCUCUUUCCAUCACCCCGCCCCAUUCUCCCGCUUUCCAUCACCCCGCCCCAUUCCUCCCUCUUUCCAUCACCCCGCCCCAUUCUCCCGCUUUCCAUCACCCCGCCCCAUUCUCCCGCUUUCCAUCACCUCGCCCUAUUCUCCCGCUUUCCAUCACCCCGCCCCAUUCUCCCGCUUUCCAUCACCCCACCCCAUUCUCCCGCUUUCCAUCACCCCGCCCCAUCCUCCCUCUUUCCAUCACCCCGCCCCAUUCUCCCGCUUUCCAUCACCCCGCCCCAUUCUCCCGCUUUCCAUCACCCCGCCCCAUUCUCCCUGUUUCCAUCACCCCUCUCCAUUCUCCCGCUUUCCAUCACCCCGCCCCAUUCUCCCUCUUUCCAUCACCCCUCCCCAUUCUCCCGCUUUCCAUCACCCCGCCCCAUUCUCCCGCUUUCCAUCACCCCGCCCCAUUCUCCCGCUUUCCAUCACCCCUCCCCAUUCUCCCGCUUUCCAUCACCCCGCCCCAUCCUCCCUCUUUCCAUCACCCCGCCCCAUUCUCCGGCUUUCCAUCACCCCGCCCCAUUCUCCCGCUUUCCAUCACCCAGCCCCAUUCUCCCGCUUUCCAUCACCCCGCCCCAUUCUCCCGCUUUCCAUCGCCCCGCCCCAUUCUCCCGCUUUCCAUCGCCCCGCCCCAUUCUCCCGCUUUCCAUCGCCCCGCCCCGUUCUCCCGCUUUCAAUCGCCCCGCCCCGUUCUCCCGCUUUCAAUCGCCCCGCCCCCUUCUCCCGCUUUCUAUCGCCCCGCCCCAUUCUCCCGCGUUCCAUCACCCCGCCCCAUUCUCCCGCGUUCCAUCACCCCGCCCCAUUCUCCCGCUUCCAUCACCCCGCCCCAUUCUCCCGCUUUCCAUCACCCCGCCCCAUUCUCCCGCUUUCCAUCACUCCUCCCCAUUCUCCCGCUUUCCAUCACCCCGCCCCAUUCUCCCGCUUUCCAUCACCCCGCCCCAUUCUCCCGCUUUCCAUCACCCCGCCCCAUUCUCCCGCGUUCCAUCACUCCGCCCCAUUCUCCCGCUUCCAUCACGCCGCCCCAUUCUCCCGCUUUCCAUCACCCUGCCCCAUCCUCCCGCUUUCCAUCACCCCGCCCUAUUCUCCCGCUUUCCAUCACCCCGCCCCAUUCUCCCGCUUUCCAGCACCCCGCCCCAUUCUCCCGCUUUCCAUCACCCCGCCCCAUUCUCCCGCAUUCCAUCACUCCGCCCCAUUCUCCCGCUUUCCAUCACCCCGCCCCAUUCUCCCUCUUUCCAUCACCCCUACCAUUAG